AUGGUGCGCGGGGUGCCAGCGAUCCCUCUGUUCCGGAGUCUCUGGGUGCUUGUUGGCGAUGCCUUGCCCACGGCCUCGGGGGGCCGCAACCUGGAGGGCCAGUGCGGCGUGUCCAGCACCCGCCCCGUGCUUGCCGGCCCUGAGGCCGUGCAGGGGCUGGGCCAUGCCGAAUCAGGGGUGCCCCACCUCUCGGCCGGCAAGUCCCACUCCGCGGCGGUUCUGGGGAAUGGGGAGGUGUGGACCUGGGGCGAUGGCACCGCGGCCAAGCUGGGGCAUGGCACCUCCGACCCCUGCACCUCGCCCCACCGCGUGGAGAGCCUCGUGCACCGAGCGCGAGUGGGCAGCGCAGCGCUCGGCCGGCACCACUCCCUCUUCCUAGACGACGAGGGCGGGCUGUGGAGUGCGGGCGAGUCGCGCGUGGGGCAGGCCACCCUGGGACUGGAGUCCUUUGCCGCCGAGCAGGCCGCAGCGGUGGCGCGGCGGGGACCUGGGCCCGCCGGCGGCGCCGCCGCGGGCGGCCAGGGCGCCACCCCCGCCCCGCCCGGCCCCGGCGAGGACGGCGUGUUUGCUGCCAUCGGCGGCGCCGGCGCGCUGGGGUCUGGGGCCCACGGCGGCGCCGGCGCCGGCCCGCCCUGGCAGGGCGCGUCCUCCCUGCAGGGCCCCUCCACCGGCGCCGGCGCCUCGCGCGGGCUGUGGCUGGAACGGCGACGGGGGGCUGCAGCCGCCGCCGCGGCGGCCGCCGCGGCCGCGCUGACGCUGGAACAGCAGUCGGCGGCGGCAGCGGCCUCCAGCGGCUGGCACGCCACGCACCUGCUGCCCAUGGUGGACCAUGCGGGGCGGGCGGGGGAGCUGGAGGCCGCCAGGGCCAUGUAUGACCAGGCGCUGGAGGCGCGGCUCAGCGUGCGCAGCGCGGCGGCCGGCUACGAGGCCGGUGCCGCGCUGGGCGUGACCACGGCCGGCUACCCGCUGGCCGCCACGGGGCACCCCUUCCGCCUGCCGCAGACCGCCUUUGGCGGCGCGCGCCUGGUGUCGGUGGCCGCGGCGCGCCACCGCUCGCACGCCGCCGCGGCCGACGGCCGCACCCUGCUGCCCGGCGCGCGCACCUGGCGCAGCGCCUGCGGGGCAGGGCUGGUGAUUGUGCCGCGUGGGCUCCCGCCCCUGGUCGACCUGGCCGCGGGCUGGGCGCACCUGGCGCUGACCGACGGCGCGCGCGAUUCGGGCGCGGCCGGGCAGUGGCAGGGGCUGGGCGCCCCCCGCCCGACCCUGGUGCCCGGGCUGGGGCGGGUGGCCUUCCUGGCCCUAGGCUCCCAGCACGCGCUGGCAGCCCUGCAGGACUGA